AUGUGCUGCUGCCCGAGCAAGGCGUGCUGCAUCUGCAUGCUCAUCAUCCUCGUGCUCAUCGCCGUCGGCCUCGUCUUCGGCUUCGGCGUCUACACCCGCGGCUUCCACAAGCUCUCCUCCAACAUCCACCUCCAGGACGGCGCCUCCUACCGCGCCUACGGCCACCUCAACCUCGCCCCGCCGCCCGCCUACUACUAG